GAUUCAAAACCCUAAUUCAAUUUUUCUAUUAUCUGCCUGCUAAAGUCAAUGAUUCUCACUAAAUCAGAAUUUUCCUGGAAAAUCUGAAGAGAAAAAUCCUUCUUUGUUUGAUGUGUUCUAUCUUAUGAGACAUGUAUUUUGAAUUUCGACUGGAUUUUAUUUGCGAAACUUUGUCCGAAUUCCGAUGACUUCGAUGAAUCAUAUCGUUGUAGAUGUUAGUUCAGACGAAGAUGAUGAUAAACCAGUAGAUUACUCUUAUUUGUUUGACGAAAUUCUGGGAAUUUCCAAUGAGAAGAAACCCAUCAAAAGUACUGAUUUGUUGAAUGAAGACGACGACGAUUGUGUGAUUUUGGAUUGUGAUCCUACGGCGAAGGAGACUGCGAUUGAAACUUGUGGAACUGAUGAAGUUCUUGUAGUUGGCCAAAAGGGUGAGAUAGCUUGUAGGGAUUUUCCGCAUCCGCGACAUGCUUGCGCUAAGUACCCGUUCAAAUCCACAUUACACCAGACGUUUUGUGAGAUGUGUCACUGUUAUGUUUGCGACACCCGUGCUCCGUGUCCUUAUUGGUUUAGUGGUGGGAUCUCCAACAUUGAUCACUGUCAUGCCAAUGAUAAAGAGAAGACAUGGAAGAAUCAACGGGAAUGCAUCAGGACCGAAAAUAUGCUACCUCGAGCUGUUUCGAAACCUGCCUCGACCAAAUUACAAUUUAAAAGGCCUCCACGGCGUCGAUCUGUACUUGUACCUGUACCGUCACUUCAUAACUCGUCUUCCCCUGGAACCCAGUUUGGAAUCCGGGCUUGCUCCACAGCUACUAGGGUUGCAAGUCGCCCAAAAACAUACACCAGACCAGGUAAUAGAACCGAGCAAUUAAGAACCCUCCAGCAAAAUCCCAGGUUACAACCUCAGGCUGUGCAGUCAUUACCAAAUCACAGAGGCGGCUCUAAUAAUGGUAAUCCAAGUCCUCAAGCUGUCCCUUCCAAUCCAUACGUAUGGACUCGAAGACCAAGUAAAGGCGUUUAUCCUCCGGAAAACAGUGUAAAGAACAUUUCUCAAGGCUCACAACCUACCCAUUAUGCUCCUCCCAUGGCUUCACAAGGCGCACAACCUACCCUUUAUGCUCCUCCCAUGGCUUCACAAGGCGCACAACCUACCGAUCAUGCUCCUCCCAUGGCUUCACAAGGCUCACAACCUACCCGCUUUGCUCCUCCCGUGGCUUCACAAGGCAAUGCACAGCGGAUUGUUACUGGUUAUAUCUCAACUGUGCCGGUAUCUCACAGCAAAGAGUACGCAAAACAGUUUAGCCGGAAUAUGUAUUCUGCUAAUGUUCAGACGAGUGCAGUUUCGGCUAUGACUCCUAAUCCUCUGGCGAACCAGCAACAACAACAUCAACAAUCAGGAAGAGGUACCGAUAGAGUAUUGUCCGAGUUUGAAGACUGGCUCUUGGACGACUCAACCUUGUCUUGUCCCUUGUCAGGUGAAGACAAUGCUGCUUCUACAUUCAAAAUCGAUUUCGAAACCUUCUUGAAUGAUUGAAACGUUAGGAUAGUCUAGAUUUCCUAACUUAAUUGUAGACUUAAGCUGUACAGAGUAGUAUUAGUCAAGAGUUUCUUGUUAGGAAGAGUCUACAAAACAUUUGUGAUA